AUGGCAGUUGGUAAGAAUAAAAGACUUUCUAAAGGCAAGAAGGGAAUUAAAAAACGUGCCGUUGAUCCUUUCGCCCGUAAGGACUGGUACGAAAUCAAGGCUCCUUCCUUCUUCGAAGUUAAGAAUGUCGGUAAGACCCUUGUCAACCGUACCGCCGGUUUGAAGAAUGCCAACGAUGCCUUAAAGGGUCGUUGUAUGGAGGUCUCUCUUGCUGAUCUUCAAAAGGAUGAGGAACACUCUUUCCGUAAGGUCAGACUUCGUGUUGAGGAUGUGCAAGGUAAGAACUGCCUUACCAGCUUCAAUGGUCUUAGCUUAACUUCCGACAAGUUGCGUUCUCUUGUCCGCAAGUGGCAAACUACCAUUGAGGCCGACCAAACUAUCAAGACCACUGAUGGCUACCUUUGCCGUGUCUUCGUUGUUGGUUUCACUAGCCGCCGCCCCAACCAAGUCAAGAAGGCUACUUAUGCUCAAUCUUCUCAAAUCCGCGCUAUCCGCCAAAAGAUGUUCCAGGUCAUUCAAAACCAAACUGCUUCUUGCUCUUUGAAGGAGCUUGUUCAAAAGUUGAUGCCUGAAGUCAUUGGCCGCGCUAUCGAGAAGGCUACUCAUGGAAUCUACCCUUUGCAGAACGUCCUCGUUCGUAAGGUUAAGAUCUUGAAGUCUCCCAGACAUGAUGCUCAAAGACUCCUUGAACAACACGGUGAGUCUCAGGACGUUGGUACCAAGGUCGUCAGUGAUGUUGCUCCUAUGGAGUCUGUUUAA